GUAGUAGUAAAAAAAAAAAAUGCGUAGUGUUCUUAUUCUCUUUUUUUUUUUUAUCUUAUGGACUAUUCAGCUUCUCCAUUCAUAGAAAUAUCACUUCCUCCAGCGUAUAUACUACCUCUGCCUACACUUUUAUCUAUCUAUGCUUGUUUAGCCUAUGUUGAUCUUUUUUUGCUACGUCAUGACCAUACAUCUAUACGUCUAUUGAUGGCAUGUAUUCAUGUGUUAGUACCUAUGGUGUUUAUCUCAAAUAAUCCUCCUCUUAACGUACUGAUUGCAGCAACACCUUGGUUCUUAGCAACCUAUUCAGCACACAUGCCAGUCCAUGACUUGACACCAUGGAAGUGGAUCAAAGCAUUCCUUCAGAUCAUUGUCGACAAGGACAAUGCACCCACCCAUGACACCAUCAUACGACUCAAGGGUCUUCAGAAAAUGGCUUUGGGAGUACUCAAGAUUAGUUUUUUACAUGUAUUUGUAAACCCCUUAUUACCUAGUCAUGCCAAAGACGCUUUGGCCUAUCCAUGGUAUCAUUCUAUGAGCUGUAUUUAUACCGUGCUGUUUGGCAUCAAAGGCUAUUGUAUGUUGGGUGUGGUUGAUUUUUUUAUUGGUGUUGAACAGACGAUCUUUGCUUGGCACUUGGUGUCGUUGUUCAAUUCGCCUAUGCUUGCUAGUAGUCCAAGAGAUUUCUGGAGCAGGAGAUGGAAUCGAGUCGUGCGUAAUUUGUUGCAUACACAAGUAUUUACAAAAAAAGCAAAGACAUCAUUGCAUAAAAGAAAAAAAUCAAUCACUGUCAUAGAUCAACCACCAAAUAGAAGAAUUACUCGAAGUAUUACUGCUGCUGCUGUUGCUAAUGCUCAUGUUCAUGCUCAUGUUCAUACUGCUGUUGCUGUUCAAGAUAUAGAAAACCGUACUUUCUGGUCUACAAAAAAAGGCCGAGGAUUACUGACAUUUAUUAUUAGCGGUAUUUUUCAUGAACUGAUUAUUAUGAGUGCCUGUAGAAAGAUAACAUUAGAGAAUUUCAUGUUUUUUACACUACAAGGUGUGGCUGUCAUGAUUGAAGUUGGAGUGCGGCAAGGUCCAUUAAAGCGAGAACCUAAAGGGAAAACUCGUCUCUUAUGUAUUGGACUUCAAUUACUGUUUAUGUCCAUCACGGGUAGACUCUUUAAUGGUCCUUUUCUUAGAUAUGAUUUUUUUUAAAUAAAAUUUGCCCUGAAUCAUCAC